AUGGGGACCGAGCAAGCGAAGGAAGGAAGGGGAGCGGGGGAGGAGCGCGUGGUGGUGCGCACGGGGCCGAGGCCGGCGCUGCCGGCGCCGCAGCAGCGGGCGGUGGACCAGUUCUGGAGGGAGCGGCAGGAGGAUAUGGAGGCGACGGUGGACUUCAACGACCGCAUACUGCCCAUGUCCCGCCUCAAGAGGCUCAUCCGCGCCGAGGAGGACGGCAUGAUGAUCGCCGCCGACACGCCGGCGUACCUGGCCAAGCUCUGCGAGCUCUUCGUGCAGGAGCUCGCCCUGCGCGCCUGGGCGUGCGCCCAGUCCCACCACCGCCGCAUCAUACUGGAAUCGGACAUCGCCGAGGCCAUCGCCUUCACCGAGUCGUACGACUUCCUCGCCACCGUGCUCCUCGAGCACCAACGGGAGGCGCGGCUGGUCGGCCGUGCUGCUACGCCGACAACACCCGUGGUGACGGCGGCGAGGGCGAGGCUCAUCACCAGGAAGCGCCACAUGCCGGACCCGAAUCCUCGGCGGCCGGUGCAUGGGGUGCGGAGAAUUCGUCCCCGUGCGCUUCCUGUCACGCCUACUUCGCCGCCGCCGGACGUUCGCUACGUGCCGGUUCCGUUUCCGUUCCCUUCGGCGCCGAUCGGAGCCACAGCGACGGCGGAGGGGCUGAUGAUUAUCCCACCCAUCAACGCCGCGACUACGGGUCGCGCGUUCUUCCUGGACAUGAACAGCGGCACUAGCUUCGCAGGUGAAAACUCUGCUGCUGAAACUAUGGCAUCUCCUCCUCCGGCAGGGCCUGCAGGAGCAGUGGCGCUGCCCAGUGUCCAUCCUGCCGCUUACUACCUGUGCGCUUACCCGGUGACCAACGACGUUGAGGCCUUCGCCGUUGGCAACACUGAUCCUGAUGUCAUCCCACCGGAGAUUGUAGUGGGAGACGUCGCCAUUCCACCGGAGAUUAUAGAGGGAAACGUCGCCGAUGGCAACGGCGACGGCGGACAGCAGCAGCAGCAGACCGAAAACCUUGGUGGUAAUGGUGAGAAUGUGGUGGUGCCGCAAAGCAAUGAUGUGCAGGAAGAUGGUGCAGAUGGGAUGUUCCUGGAGGAGAUCCUCAUGGAUGAAGACCUGAUGUUUCCCGACGCCGAGCUUUUUCCGUUGGUGGGCGCUGCACCUGAUCCGGAGGAUUUCAUCGUCGACCAAGAUGUUCUCGACGACGUCUUCGCCAACCCGAGCAGCAGCGCAAGCAGCGACUGA